UUUGCUUCUCGGCGCCUAAUCGAAGGCCACAGGACACGCAUUCCCUUUUGACGGGGCAUCGCCACCGCUACUUCCUAAUCCAACCCCACUUUCCCCUUUAUAUUUUUCUCUUUCCCACAAUACCCAAAAAUCUAAAUCCCUUCUUUAUCUUCCCUUCUUCUGUGUAAUCUUCUCCUUCUUCACUGUUUACAAACCCUAUUCUCUGAUGGGUCAAUUCUAUUCCUCGCCGGAAACCUCUCUACAGCUUCGUGACCAUCAACAAUGGCCGCCUGGUUCUCAAGUGGGUGCACUCUCUUCUUCCCCUUUGGUCCUUCCCUCGAUGGAUGAGGGUUUGUUGAAUUUCGUGGACUUUACUUUUCCUCUUCCUGAUGAAUGUUUGGCCUCCAUUUUUCGAUUUCUCAACUCCGGCGACCGGAAAAGCUGUUCGUUGGUAUGUAAGCGGUGGUUUCAGGUGGAGGGUGAGAGCCGACAUCGUUUGUCUCUUAAUGCUCAAGAUGAGAUUCUCCCAUUUCUUCCCUCUCUAUUUGCUCGAUUUGACUCCGUUAAGAAGCUCUCUCUUCGAUGCAACCGGAAAAUCUCUCGAAUCAACGACGACGCCUUGAUUCUUGUCUCAAUCCGUUGCCGGAGUUUGACCCGCAUCAAACUCUCCGGCCGAUUUCAACUCACGGAUAUGGGUAUCGCCACUUUUGCUUCCAAUUGCAAAACUCUUAAGAAAUUUUCCUGUAGCUCAUGUGCUUUAGGGGCGAAUUCCAUUAACGCCCUCCUCAAGAACAGCAGCACUCUCGAGGAAUUGUCUUUGAAGGGUCUCCGCGGCGUCAUCGCUGGAACAGAGCCGAUCGUGCCCGGCGUAGCAGCGGCAUCUCUGAAAUCGAUUCUGCUGAAGGAUCUCGUUGAUGGGUUGAGCUUAACUCCCCUUAUAAUGGGUUCUAAAAACCUCAAAGCUUUGAAGAUCAUCCGCUGCCAGGGGAAUUGGGAUGAACUCUUCCAGUUCUUUGGCCAUGGAAAUGCCAUGGCCAGCUUGAUCGAAGUUCAUAUCGAGAGGAUCCAGGUGAGUGAUUGUGGAGUUUCAGCCAUUUCUAACUGUUUAAACUUAGAGAUAUUGCAUCUUAUCAAAGUUUGGGAUUGUUCAAAUUUUGGGCUUGCUUCUAUUGCUGAACACUGUAAGAGAUUAAGGAAGCUCCACAUUGAUGGGUGGAGAAUCAAUAGAAUAGGAGAUGAGGGGCUGAUAGCCAUAGCUAAACAAUGCCUUGACUUACAAGAGCUUGUUCUAAUUGGUGUAAACCCAACUUGUUUGUCUCUGUCACUGUUGGCUUCAAACUGUGUGAAUCUGGAGAGAUUGGCUCUGUGUGGGAGUAGAGUAGGCGAUGAAGAGAUUGCCUGCAUUGCAGCCAAAUGCAAGUCAUUGAAGAAGCUUUGCAUCAAAGGCUGCCCAAUUUCAAACAUUGGGAUUGAAUCACUAGCUUGGGGGUGUCCCAAUUUGGCUAAGAUUAAGGUGAAGAAGUGCAGAGGAGUGACUGGUGAGAUCAAGGAGUGGCUUGUGGAGAAGAGGACGUCAUUGAGUGUGAAUUGGGACGUCGAGGAGAUCGAUCACUUGGACGCUAGUAGUAGCGAUGCCGGGAGUGGUCAGGAGGUCGCUGUCCCGGAGACGAGGCUGGUGGAGACCGGGGGUGAAGCUCCGGUUGUCGGGGACCGGUGGUUGACGAUUUUGAAGACGACGUUGAGCGGGCUGAGUGGGAGGAGCUUGAUGGCUUGCACAUUUGGGAGAUGGCCUAAUAGUCCUAAUGGUUCAAGCAGUAGGAGUGUAUGAAAUGAUAUGAUGUUUAUAAGAAAUGGAAUGUUGUAUGGUUUUGUAAGGGAUGAUUGAUGUGUGGAGACAGUACAUAUCUCUUGGAUUUCCGGUUUUGGAUACACUUAGCUGAUUCCAAUAUUUCAA